AUGACAACAACGGUACCAAAAAUUUAUUCAUUUAGUGAGUUUGCUGGUGUCGCAGAUGCAGUGGCCAACCAUGUUAUAAAUGCUCAAAAUCAAGCUUUGGUGAAUAGUUUACCAAGUAAUAAUUCCACUACAUCUGUUCAAAAUUUACAAACUUUAACAUCACAUUCAAUUCCUAGAAAUGAUCCUUCAAUUGAAAGUAAUAGUACAAAUAAUGAAUCUUCAAAAAAUCCAACUCCAAGUGUUUCUUCAUCAAAUUUAGCAUCAGCUUCUGCUACACCUCCAUUAUCAUCUUCUGCAUUAGAUAAAAAAUCUAAAAAAGCGAAAGAAAAAAUCAUUAAUAAAAGAUUUAAAAUUGCUAUAUCUGGUGGUUCUUUAAUAAGUGUAUUAGCUCAAGGUUUAUUGAAAAGAGAAGAUGUUAUAUGGGAUAAAUGGGAUAUAUAUUUUGCAGAUGAACGUUUAGUUCCAUUUAGUGAUGAACAUUCAAAUUAUGGUUUAGCAAAAAGAGAAUUGUUUGAUAAAUUACAAGAAUUAGGUAAACCACAACCCAAAGUUUAUCAUAUUGAUGAAUCUUUAUUAGAUGAUGCACAAGAAGUUGCAGAUGCUUAUGAAAAAAUCCUUAUUAAAGGUUUUGCAAGUAAAGAUUCAGUUAGAUUACCAUUAUUUGAUUUAUUUUUAUUAGGUUGUGCACCUGAUGGUCAUAUUGCAUCAAUUUUCCCUAAUGAUCAUGAAGUUUUAAGAGAAAAAUUUGCUUGGGUUGUACCUGUUGAAAAUGCACCAUCUGGUCCAACAAGAAGAAUUACAUUAACUAUUCCAGUUAUAUGUCAUUCCCAUCGUGUUUCAUUUGUUGUUGAAGGUGCUGUUAAAGCUUCAAUUGUUAAAACUAUUUUAGAAAGACCUGAAAAAGGUUUACCUGCAUCUAUUGUUAAUGAAGGUUCUGCUGGUAGAAUCGCUUGGUUUGUUGAUAAGGAUGCAUUAGCUGAAACUUAUUUUGGUUAA